AUGGAUGGUUGUGGUAAUAUCUUAUCUGAAAAGGUACAGAGAGUGGCAUAUUCUGGCAAAAAUAUGUUGAAAGAUCCGUUAAGUAUUGUCGAUCCCCAAGCUUAUCAGAUUAUGCAAAAGGAAAAGCAAAGACAAAAAAGAGGUUUGGAACUAAUUGCUAGUGAAAAUUUCACAUCAAAAGCCGUUUAUGAUGCAUUGGGCUCAUCAAUGUCAAAUAAGUAUUCAGAAGGUUACCCCGGGGUUAGAUAUUAUGGUGGCAAUGAGUUCAUCGAUCAGAUGGAAAGGUUAUGUCAGAGUCGUGCUCUGCAGGUUUUUGGUUUGGAUAAAGAGAAAUGGGGUGUCAAUGUUCAAAGUCUUUCGGGUGCACCAGCGAAUCUUGCUGUUUAUGUAGGAUUAAUGGAACCAAAUGGUCGAAUCAUGGGUCUGGACUUACCAGAUGGCGGCCAUCUCAGUCAUGGAUUUUUUACACCACAAAAAAAAAUCUCAGCCACAUCUGUAUUCUUUCAAUCAAUGCCAUACAAAGUUGAUCCCAAAACUGGUUACAUCGAUUAUGAUCAGCUGGAGCGUAAUGCCUUGCUAUUUCGUCCAAAGAUUAUUAUAGCCGGUACAAGUUGCUAUUCACGUAAUCUAGAUUACAGUCGUUUCCGGCAGAUAGCUGAUAAAUGUAAUGCUUAUUUAUUGGCUGAUAUGGCUCAUAUCUCAGGUUUAGUUGCUGCGAAUUCAGUUCCAUCGCCGUUUGAAUAUGCUGAUGUCGUUACUACAACAACACAUAAGACUUUGCGUGGUCCUCGUGGUGCACUAAUUUUCUACAGAAUAGGUUUGAAAGAAGUUACAUCAAAGGGUGAAAAAAUUAUGUAUGACUUGGCACAAAAAAUAGAUUUCGCGGUAUUUCCAGGUUUACAAGGAGGUCCUCAUAAUCAUACAAUUGCCGCCAUCGCUGUUGCUUUGUACCAAUGUCUCACAGAAGAAUUUGUUAUUUAUUCAAAACAAAUUUUGGCAAAUUCACAAGCGCUUGCAAGAAGAUUGAUAGAACAUGGCUAUACUUUGGUCACAGGUGGAACUGAUAAUCAUCUUUGUUUGGUGGAUUUACGACCAAAGGGUCUGGAUGGUGGUAGAGUGGAGCACGUACUUGACUUAGCUCAUAUCAUUUGUAAUCGCAAUACAUGCCCAGGAGAUCAGAGUGCUUUACGUCCUGGUGGGAUUCGUCUUGGAACACCAGCUUUAACCACCAGAGGACUAAAAGAAGCUGAUUUCAUUACAGUUGCUGAUUUUAUUCAUGAAGGAGUACAAAUUUUGAUGAAAUAUCAGUCAGAAACGGGUAAAACUUUAAAAAGUUUGAAAGAGUUCACCAGUUCUAAUGAAGCGUUCAAGAUUGAUAUCAAUAAAUUAGCAGAAAAAGUGGAACAGUUCGCAAGCAAGUUUGAUAUCCCAGGGAACGAUGAGAUCUAA